AUGUGGAACUUUUUAGCUCGCAACAAGCAGGUGGCUGCGAUGUUGGGUCUGCUGGCGGUGGCAGCGGUGGUCACCAUCGUGCUGACCACCAAAGGUGGUGGUGGCAAUGCUGCAGAGAUUAAUGGAGUAGAGGAGCCUGAAGACAUUAGCCCGGCGAGUUACGUGUUCUCGGCACAUAAUCUCCCAUCGAACGACAAAUUCAUGCCAUCAAUUGGAAAUGGACACAUAGCUACGAACAUCUUCAGUGAUACGGUUUACAUGAACGGCCUGUACAAUGGACGUGGUGGGUACAGCCACCGGGCUAGGAUUCCAUCAUGGGCUAACAUCAGGCUAAACUCGACCUUAACUCACUUUCCUUACAGUCCAAUUUACAGUUUGGACACAAAAGAAGCUGUGUUUAAAGUAAGAGUUGAUAGGGAGAGAUCAGUGGUGACUCAGCGGAUAUAUGCACAUAGAUUCUACACGAGAGCUAUCGUGAAUCAGAUUCAAGUUGAUUCUAAAACACACUACGAUCCCAACUUCGUAAAUCAAGAAAUCUGGAUAGCAAUUAAACUAAUGCCGGGACCAGAGAGUAAAGACAUAGCAUUUUCCGAUCCUGUACCAGAAAUUAUAAACGGUAGGACAGUCUGGAGCGUUUGUGGACAAACUAUGGAAUCUGAAGACCUGGCCUAUCAACCAUUACCAGUGGAUGUGUGUGCGUACUGGACGUCAGUGCCUGAUCACUUGGUGGUACCGCAACAUGGCUCCAGGGUGUUCACGUUCGCCAUGACGGCAGAUAAGAAUAAGACGGUUGCGCGAGAGGAGCUGGUUAAAGUAUUGCAGGAGGACGGCGAGGAGUUGUUCCAGAAACACGUGGAACAGUGGCAGAAGCUGUAUCAACAGGGUGGCGUAGAGAUUGAAGGGAACUUGGAAUUGGGCAAGAUCGUGAACGGUAUUUGGUACUAUUUCCUGAGCUCCUUGCCUUCUGAGGAAUCGUUCCAACCUCUGGGCAGGUACUUCGGUCUCAGCCCUACUGGGUUGGCGAGAGGAGGGACUUUUGAAGACUAUGAAGGUCACAACUUCUGGGACACGGAAACCUGGAUGUUCCCCUCGAUUCUGUUGCUAUACCCUCAGUAUGCGAACAAGUUGCUGCAGUAUCGCCUGGACACCGCAUAUGUGGCUGCAGACCUCGCCAAGAUCACUGGACAUAAAGGAUACAGGUACCCAUGGGAGAGUGCAUACACAGGAGUGGAGGUGACGCAGCCAUGUUGUCCAGACGUUGCGACCUUUGAGCAGCACAUCAGCGGGUGUAUCGCCUUCGCCGUUCGUCAGUACCUCUCUACUACACGAGACGAGGAGUGGCUGAAGCAUGGUGGGUGUGACAUUGUUACGAAGAUAGCGGACUUUUGGGAGUCACGCGCCGUUAUCAACUUUAAUACCGGCUUCUAUGAAAUAGCAAAUGUUAUGGGUCCUGAUGAAGAUCACCGGAAUGUCACAAACUCAGUAUUCACUAAUGUUAUAGCUGGAUACUCGCUUUAUUUGGCACAAUACGUGUCCUGCCUCUGCAAAUCAUACUACAUGGCUAGGGACCCCGACCAUUAUGCAGACAUCGCAUGGUCUUUGGCUUUGCCUUACGAUGAUGAGAACGACUACCACCCUCAGUUUACUGGGUACCAUCGAGGGGAGCAGAUCAAACAAGCUGAUGCUGUGUUGUUGGGCUUCCCUUUACAGUAUAAGAUGAAUAUUUCCACACGUCUCAACGACUUGACAUACUACGAGUCUGUUACUCGGGAGAACGGUCCAGCAAUGACGUGGAGCAUGCACACUAUUGGUCAUCUGCAGUUAGAUGACGACGCCAAAGCUGAAGAGGUGUUCAAUAAGAGUUAUGAAGGUUUUGUUAGAGAACCAUUUAAGAUAUGGACCGAACUCCGCCGUCCUGACUCUGGAGCUGUCAACUUCUUCACUGGUAUGGGAGGAUUCCUUCAAACGCUGGUCUUCGGCUACGCUGGCGUCAGCAUACAUUUGGAUCGGCUAGAGAUUGACAAACCUCGUCUACCACCUAAAGCUAGUAAAUUCACAAUACGAGGCAUAAAAUACCUCGGUGCGAAUUUAACAUUGGAGAUUACGGCGAACAGCACGAAGUUGAGUGUGACCUCUUUGGACGAUAACUGGCGACUGGCACUGAACGACGGCAAAUACACAAUCACAUUAGCACCCGGCAUCACAGUUAUAUUACCGGGUACGGGUCCCUUCACGGUGUUCUCAGAGCCGUGGAAAGAUUGCAAGCUGCCAGCCGACAUCAUUGGACACAACUACAUCAGGCCAGAUGGAACAUAG